CACACAUGACGUGCGUAUCAUCAGCAUCACGAAAGCGUUUAUUGCACGGCAAAGUGCGCGCUGCACAUCCCAAUUCCUAAUGAAUAUUCUAGCGCAGCUCCAUUGGGCAGCCUUUGUCGCACCAAGUCGUUAGCUCAAGCACCUACCAAGGAUUAUCACGUCUCAUGACCUCGUUUUUUUCGGCUUCAUCGUUCAUGUGCCUCACAAGUCCUCGGUUGGUGAAAGUCUUCAACCUCUCUUGCGCCCGUCUUCGUUCUUGCGGUCUAUCUUACAGUGGCUACAAUUUUUGCCACUAGCCUUCUCUGCCACAUAUCUUUCGCGUGGCUGUACAGCUUCAAAGGCACCUCAUCAGCCCAGUCCUGCCCGGAAAUGUACCAACCGAGAAAUCUUUCGGGUCUAGAUAUAGGUUCAGGACCUUUCUCAUGGGUUGUCGGGAGGAUACUCACAGCGUCGACCAGUCCAAGGUUCCGGUGUAAUUUUCCCGCCUUCCCUUCCCUUCGCAGCUCUCUUCAUGCUCCCAGUCGAGAAUCAAAACCAAAACGGGCUUACAUGUACGAGGACAACACGUGGAUCAUGUGAAACCCCGAACACUCAUUGGGGGUCCGGACAUCCAUACCGUCAACUUCAAAUCACUGCACGUUCAAUCCAAAGACUGAGAAUUGCAUGUGUCAACGUGCAAUUGUACACUGGCCAAAAAGCCCCGACUAAUCCGACGUCCUGGACCAUGGACAUAUGAGGGUAGAAUGCCGUCAUCUACCGCAUGGCGAUGCAGAUUCAAGAAUAAAGAGUGCAGAAAGGUCUAGAGCUUGAGGGCCUUACGCGAGUCGCACUUUUACAAUGGUUGAAGGACAUAAAAGUGCAUGGGGCAUAUGCCGGAUCACUGCAUCAUGCUUCGAAGGAUCACAAUCAACAACACGGUGUCAUUCUUUAUUAACGAAAGCCUGCUGUAACCAUUUACCAGUACCUGUCCUGCCAAAGCUCGAGAUGGCAGGACUGGAUAAGACGCAAUGUGGUGUAUCCCAAGAAGUACAUGUUCUGUUCUCGGGAUCACAUCAUCAAACCAAGUUACAAUCGCUCCAAAGCACAUCCCGAGGGACACUCCGCCCGCCGAAGGCCUUUGAUGAAGCAAUGAACAACCAAAAUAGAUAAGGCGGUCUUUCCGAGCUUCGCUUCUUUAAUAUUUUAAACGUAAUGGUAUAACUAACAUGCAGGCACAGAUGUAUCACAUCGAAAUAGCACAAUAUUUUCCCGAGUUCGAUAGUUCAGUUCGGGACAUCUUGAUUCUAAUUUCCACUCCCGCAAUGCCUGCACUGGCCGAAACCAGGAAAAGCCACGCCCAUCUUUCCAAUUUUGGAAUCUGCGGCUCUUGGAGGCUACAAUGGGGUGUAAUGUCAAUAUCAGCCGCCAUUUAACCUCCGAGCCUGGCCUCUUGUAUGUCGCCGUCGCUUCUACCUCAAUCUGCGGAUAAAGUCCGUUGGCAUCCCAAAUCGUCACCCUCUCCACCACUCGCCGCCUCCACAAUGGGGAUUCACCCACGCUCAAUAUAUUGUCUGCAUCAGCGCCCAGCAUGCGAUCUUCAGUUUUGGUCUUUACCUGGAAGGAGCACCUCGAGAGGGAAACGUUUCCGUGGUUCUUUAAAUUAAGAGUGAUGAAAAAAAAGGCAUUACGCGGUUCACCCGCCCAUUGGUACAUAUGCUAUACCCCUCGGCGCGACACAUCUGCCUCCGACAUCCUAGCCAGCGUAUCACCGCGACCGGGAAAACAACUUGACGGUAACAGGCAGCUCACUGUGCUUGGAUUUCAUGGAAGGAACAACAAGUCAACUCAUAGAUUCAGCAGCGCAUUCUUUAGAGCAAUGAUUUCCGUCAUUCUUUCCAUCUCGCUCAGUUUCUACUCUCCGGGUUUCGACUGGGAAAUUGUCAAUACCCUUUAUCUAUCUGGUUACCGCGCUCAGCAUUUUUAACACCUACUCAGCGUUGAAUUUCUCUCUUGUGGACGUCACGCGUCUAUAAGCGACAAUGUUCUGGAACUUACUAUUCGUGGUCAUCGUGACUUUACUGCGCAGCGUAUCUGCUGCUGAGUCUGUGGCAGUUCACGACGCCGAAACUGGCCUCACCUAUUCCCAAAACUUUGCGUUGUACAAGGUCGACGGUCGAGGGAUAACCUUCCGAAUCGCAAUCCCCAGCAACGUCUCCAGUAACUCUGCCUACGACGUCGUAGUCCAGGUGAUCAUUCCUAACGACGUUGGCUGGGCCGGGCUUGCUUGGGGCGGUUCAAUGACCAAGAAUCCCUUAAUGGUAUUUUGGCGAGGGUCAAACAAUCAACCAGUGCUGUCCUCUAGAUCGGCCAGCAGCCACACACCCCCUCAACUCUACACCACCGCCACUUACAUUUUAUUCAACACCGGCACCAAGUCCAACUCGACCCACUGGCAAUUCACCGCCCUUUGCACGGGCUGCACCUCAUGGGCAGCCGACGGCGGCGCGGUCCGCUACGUCCAGCCCAACGGCGGCAACCGGCUUGCGUUUGCUUAUAGUCCCACUAAACCUUCGAACCCGUCUAGCCCAACGAGCGCAAUCACGGUGCACGAUGUGCACGCGUACUGGAAUCAUGAUUUCGGUACGGCGAGGAAUGCGGGCUUCGAAGCGGCGGUGCAGAGGUUGUUGGGGAGUCAGGGAGUUAGGGCUUAGGUGGCCAAAUGGGACAAAGUGAGAGGGGUUAUGGGAGGGAAAUGGGUGGGUAGGUAAGUCUUGAGAGGUUUUCGCUAGGUCUCUGCGAGUGGAAUGAUCUAUCCCGAAGGAGGUGUGGCGUGGGCCAGGAGUGUCUCGGUGGUGUUGAUCAUGGACGUGAGGGGCAGAUGGAGCAUUGUACAGGUGUGAAUGAAGUCAAACAAUGUCAGAAAAUUUUGUGAUCGAAGAAGCAAUGUUACACCUGCAUCACUUUCCCGUCCUGAAAUGUUGGUUGAUUCACCCACCACUGCAGGCCACAACAACGAUGAUGGCUUGGUAGACACUUGACUAUUCUAGGACCUAAACAUGUUGUUUCACGCGUAAACCUCCGAUGGCUCUUGAAAGGGGGAGUUACAGCUUAUAAAAUGACAGCUAAUCUGUACGUACCU